AUGGACGGCGCCAAAUUGCUCUUCCCCGGCAGCAACUUCGGUGGAGGUUGGGCAAGAGAACGCAGCGGCGCGCGUCCCUGUCGCCCGGGGGCAGAGCGUGAGCCGGCGGUGCGGUUUGCGCUGGGCGGCCGCCGCGCGGCCAGCGGCGGAGGCACGCAGACGCAGCUGGCCGCUCCGCUCGUGACCCGCGAACCAGGAAGCCGGCGGGCGGAGCCGCGCGGUGGCAGGUGCGACCCCGCCCAGGCCGCGGCCACGCCGUGCCACGCCGCGGGCCGCGGGCCGCCGGCCGGUGAAAGGCGGCGGCGCGGGAUGCGCAGGGCGGGUCAGCGCGCGCCGCCCGGACCCUCCCCGUCACUACCGCAGCGCGCCCAGCCGCCGAUACCGGUGGCGGAGAGGUGUGCGUUGCGGAUGAUGCCGCUGGCGAGCGCGCCUAACGGAGCGGCGUGGUGUGCUGUUGCAGAGAGCGAGGGGCAGCCGCGCCGGCCGGCCGCCUGCCCUAUGAGCCUGGUGGCCGCGACGUGGGCCAGCGGCUGCAGCAGCGCGCUCCUUGGCGUCGGCGUCGGCGUGGGGCUCCUGCAGCACGGGCCCGCCGCACAUGCCAUGCGCGAGAAGGACUCGUCGCCGCGCAAGAUGCUGCUCGCGUCGGGCGGGCACAGCUCGCCCAAGCAGGCGGCCGUCUACCCGCUGUCGGUGCGCGUGCCCGAGGAGGGCCGCCAGGCUGCAGCUGCCGCGGGCCCGCCCGACCACCACGACCUGCCCUUCGACCUGUCGCGCCACAACGCGGGCGCGGGGGCGGCGGCCGCGGGUGCCGGCGCUGCGGGGGCGGGCCCGGGCGCCCAGCAGAUGGCGGGCGCGCCGCACAUGUCGCCCGCGGGCCACCCGCCACCGCAGCACGACGACCAGCCACUCGACCUGCGCCUCGACCACAAGAAGGGCGCCAUCGCCGCGGGGCGUCGCCACCAGGUCGAGGACGAGAACCGCAACGUCAUCGUGGGCUCCCCGUCGCCGUCGCCACCCGCCGGACGCGCCUCUUCCGCCUCGUCCGGAGGCAGCGGUGACGAGAACAGAGAACAGAGACAGUCCAGUCCUUCCGCAUCCUCCGUGGCGAACAGCCUCAAAUCCCCCGUGGGCUCUCCCGGCAUAGGCCACUACCCUGUCUUCCUUUCGCACCAGCCCAUUCACCCUCUAAUGCUGGAGGCGAUGUGCCGCGCCAACAAGGAAGGAGCCGGCGCACGGUUACCUCUCGCCUAUCCAGUCAGCCCCCCUGGCUAUCACUCCCCACGAACUCCCUACGCUUUCCUGAGUCCCAAUUCACUGCUCAACGGCCACUCUUCGCCCACCGGUGUCUCGCCAGCGGCCGGGUUCGAAAUGCUGCGCCACCCACUGGCUCAGCAGCAGCAACAGCAACAACAACAGCAAACCCAACAGCAACAACACGCCCAAACCACCAAGCAGGUAACUGUGCCCGCUUCGCCAGUGGGGAACUUCGCCGAAGCUGCCACUGGCGCCCAGACCAACGGAGGAAGUGGCGUCGCAGCAUCAGCGGGCGGAAAAAUUAAGGACCGCUACGCUUGCAAGUUCUGCGGCAAGGUGUUCCCUCGAUCUGCCAAUCUGACACGCCACCUACGCACACAUACGGGGGAGCAGCCGUACAAGUGCAAGUACUGCGAGCGCUCCUUCAGCAUCUCGUCCAACCUGCAGCGGCACGUGCGCAACAUCCACAACAAGGAGAAGCCGUUCAAGUGCCCGCUCUGUGACCGCUGCUUCGGCCAGCAGACGAACCUAGACCGCCAUCUGAAGAAGCACGAGGCGGACGGACCCACGAUCUUGGACGAGCAGCAGCAGCAGCAGCACGCGCGUGUGUUGGGCCCUCUGGCGGAGGACGCUUGCUUCGAGGAGAUCCGCUCGUUCAUGGGCAAGGUGACGGCCGACGGCCGGCUGGUGGCUCCGCCCGCGCUGGCCGCCGCGCAGCUGCGACACGCCGCCGCCGCCGCUGCCGCCGCGGCUGCAGCUGCGGGGGCGUCGGGCGGCGCUCACUUCUCGCCGCUGGCGCCGUUGCACCGCCUGCACGCCGACCAGCUGGGCCGGCGCUGCAUCACGCCGCCGCCCUUCGACGCGUCGGCUGCCGCGCGCUGCGCCAACACCGACGCGGCCAAGCUGGGCCGUUCCUUCUCCAGUAGUGACAAGGACAAUAUGUCUUCCAGAUCGUCGUCGUCCUCGCUGGCCGGGUCAUCACUGUCUCCUCCACGAGUCCCUUCGCCGAAGGACGAUGUCCCUCACAAGUCCCCCGCCAACGACACGACUACCUCUGCACAGGAGGACCGUCCGUCCUCUAACCCACCGUCCAACAAUGGCAGCAGUCAUGCUGAAAACAUUACAGAACCGUCGCCACCACCAGCUUCGCCCAACAACAAUACGUGA